CUGCAGUAGUUCAGUGCAUAUCAUUGUUGUCAAAUGAAAUUAUAGAAGUCUUAAUCAAUAAGGCAGCGAAUAAACUCAUUUUUGUAAUCGUGGAUUAUGAAGGCAACUUCUGAUAAUAUAUUGCCGGCAAAUUUAAAUAAUAAACAAAUUUGCGACGAAAUUAUUCGAAAGUGUUCACCAUCUCGUCGCCUGGAAUCACGAGAACUUGCAAAAAUACUAAUUCAACCGCAUAUUAGGGAAUUAUUACGUGCUCAUGAUGAAAUAGGACAAAUCUAUGACCAUAUGUACAAAUCUGGAAAAGAAAGUUCAAAUAAGUUGCAAAUAUUAGCCUCUCAUAAAAACUGCUAUCUUUUCCCUUCUGAAGUGCUUUCCAAUAAAAUGCCAAUAGAAGCAACAAGAGUAGUAGGCCUUCGCCGUGUUGAAAAUAAGCCUUUGGGAUUCACAGUUGAAAUUAAUUCACAAAACUUUUUGUCGGUGGCACGUAUACUUUCAGGAGGAAUUAUUGAUAAGCAAGGACUCUUGAAUACAGGUGAUGUAAUACUAGAAAUUAAUGGAGUUCCGGUUAGUACACCUGAAGCUUUGCAAGCAGAAGUUUCACGUUGGAAAGGAGAUCUUACACUAAAAAUUGCACCAUACGUACAUGAUGAAUCUGCAGAAAAAAGUAUCGUUAAUUAUCACUCACUUGAUAAUCCAGGACAAAAAAUGACAUGCUUUAUGAGAGCCUUAUUUGAUUAUAACCCUUUCGAAGAUUCAUUGUUACCAUGCAAAGAUAUUGGACUGGCUUUCAAUUCGGGUGACAUUUUACAGAUAUUGAGUGUAAAGGAUCCGAAUUGGUGGCAAGCGAAAAAUUUCAACGAUCAAAUGGAGCGGAUCGGUCUAAUACCUUCACAAGAAUUGGAAGAGAGACGCAAAGCUUUUGUUGUACCUGAAGCUGAUUUCGCUCAUAAGAUAGGCAUAUGCGGAACACGGGUCUCAAAGCGUAAAAAAAUAACUAUGUACAAAUCUAAAGCAAAUUGCGAAUUUGACAAAGCUGAUUUGCUUUUAUAUGAGGAGGUAACAAGGAUGCCACCAUUUAGAAGGAAGACUCUGGUGUUAAUAGGUGUUCCAGGAGUUGGAAGGCGUACCCUCAAAAAUCGUCUUAUCAAUAGUGAUCCGGAGCGAUUUGGAACCGUUAUACCCCACACAACUAGGCCUAAGCGGCCACUUGAAGAAAAUGGAGUCAGUUACUAUUUUACUAAUCGUGAAAAAAUGGAAGAACAAAUAAAGCGUAAUGAAUUUCUUGAAUAUGGGAGCUACAAUGGACAUUUAUAUGGUUUGCAUUUGAACUCUGUGAAUGAAGUGAUCGAGAGUGGACGGAUGUGCAUAUUAGAUUGUGCUCCAAGCACUUUAAAAUUUCUUCAUAAUAGUCAGCAGUUGAUGCCGUUUGUUAUAUUUAUCGGUGCUACUGGAAUGGAGCAGCUAAAGCAAGUUUACUCUGAAAGACGUGCAACAGGAUCACUUAAAAGUUUAUCGUUCGAUCGACAGUCUUCAAUUCGUUAUAGUUCUCGACGUGCGCGUACUCUGGAAUCACUCGCUUCCUUAUAUGAGGUCAAUAUGGAUGCAGACAUGCCAGCAGCCCCGACACCAAUCACUCGUUCGGCUGCCAAUGUGCCACGCCAAGUGGCUGCCCCAGUUGCGGCUGCCCCAGUUGCAGCGCCCCGAACAACCACCCCAACGGCGCCUCGGAAUGGAAGGGUAGCAUUGCCGUCAACACCCGCGCUGGUCGCCGACCCACAACGCCGUAGAUGUCCCCUAUGUCGUCGACCCCACCGGCUGCCACAAUGCGUCAUUUUUAAGGGAUUGCCACCUCAACAACGCCAGUUGGUCGUGCAGGCGCACGGCCAUUGUCUGAACUGCCUGACUCCUGUCCACCAAACGCAUGAGUGUACUUCGGGCAAUCUGUGCCAAAUUUGUAUGCGGCCGCAUCACACCAUGUUGCACCGACUCACUCGGAAUGACACCCGUCAACAACCUUCCGGCCGCAACCGCGGCGCAAUACGACGACCUCCAGUACGCCGGGAGGCGCGGCCCCGUCGAACAAGUGGGCCAUCAUCAUCCCAUGCCCGACGGCCACACAAUGGGGCAUCAACACGACGCCAGCAACCACGCCCGCGUCCACGCCCGCGUCCACGCCGCGCCUCAGGCCUUAGCAGCGUCGUAGCCACACUCCAGCAGCUUCAAAGCAUUCUAGGCUGA